AUGAAGACUUUCGUGGGGUUACGAUCAUCUUUACUUUUCUGCAUGAUUUUGGCUUUUUCUGAGCAAGAGUCAGUGUCCACAAGGUGUACUUCUUCUACGUUCCGGGCUGUGGUUCCACCGACUCUACUUGGUCAAGGCUACUUCUUGCAUUCUGAUGAAGUAUCUCUGGGAACUGGUUGUCCUGUCACCAAUGUAAUUGAGAAGGGGUAUGAGUUUAAUUAUCUUGUCACUGAGUGUGGGAUUCAGAAAGAGGUUUUCUCCCAUGGAGUGAUUUUUUAUUCAGUUCUCUACUGCAACAUUAUGCACAAAGGAGUCACUGGGAAAAUUCCUUUAAGGUGUAUGGUUUUCAGCUUAUCGUUUUUGGAUACCACUCCAAGCACUAUCAACAACAAUCUUACAAAGUUCAAAAAUGGUAUUCCCUCUGCCAGUUCUUAUCCUCCCUGGAGCUUAUCCAACCCUUGCCUGUUUGGACUGCCUUGGAUUCCAUACUUCCAACACUCCUCGGUAAAUACAUCCCAUCAGUCACUUCCAGUUAAAAUGCCUCAUUCUUUAGUUCAUGAGAGCGCAAACGUGGCUCCAUCCUAG